GGGGGAACAGGGAUUUAGCGAAUGUGCGGGGAGCGAAUAAUCAGAUUAAGGGGUGGACGGCGCAGAGAGAUGACGUCAUUGGAAAGCGCGGGCGGGAACCGGAAGUGGAGCUGAGGGGCAGCGAACUGAGCCCCAUGGCCGUCCCUACGAGCAUCCUCCGCCUGCCCCAUGGCCCCGAUGACUCCAGCCCCAUAUCUCCAUCCAGCCCCACAUCUCCAUCCAGCCCCACAUCUCCAUCCAGCCCCACAUCUCCCCGCCAUGGGGCAGCCCCCCAUCAGGAGGGGGGCUCCAUCCAGGCCUCCAGAGCUGCUUUACGUCGACGUUUCCUCCUCGCUUUGGCUGCAGCUCGAGGCCGGGAGGUGACGUUUGUGUUGUACCAACAUAACAAGGUCAACGCGGUGCUGGGGGCUUCCAGGGUCCCCGAUUGUACUGAGGUUAAUGGUGGGGAUGGGGUGGGGGUCCUGGCCUUUCAGGUGGAGGAGCUGCAGACCCCGCUGGGGGUCCAGAAAGUGGCUUUGUUGAGGGGGAGGGAUGUGGUGGCGUUUGGGUUUAACGGGGGGGAAGUGAGGGGGAAAUAG